AUGUCAGAGGGAAAUCGAACCAGUGUGACUGAAUUCAUACUCACUGGAUUCCCUGGACUUCAUCCGGAGUAUUAUGGCCUGGUUUCAGCUGUAUUAUUUGUGGUUUAUUUAAUAACUGUGAUAGCAAAUGUCGUAAUUCUGUUCUUAUUUGCAACCAACCACAGCCUUCAUAAGCCAAUGUAUUACAUAAUUUUAAAUCUGACUGUGUGUGACCUUCUCUUCAGUACAACAACUUUACCUAAAAUCAUCAGCAGGUACUGGUUUCAAUCGGGGAAUAUUUCCUUUUUAGCUUGUUUUGUCCAGAUGUACCUUGUUCAUUAUUUUGGCUCAGUGAAUUCUUUUAUUCUCUUCUUAAUGGCAUUUGACAGGUAUUUGGCUAUCUGCCAUCCUCUCAGAUAUUCAAAUAUUCUUAAAAACAGCACCAUACUUAUUCUCACUAUUACUGCAUGGGUUGUUGCCAUUGCACCCUCUUUAAUGAUGGCUAUUAGAGCGUAUCCUCUUCCUUACUGUGCCUCCAACAUUAUCAAUCACUGUUACUGUGAUCACAUUGGUAUAACAAUACUCGCCUGCACUGACAGGACCCCGUAUGCCUUUCCUGCUUUUGUGUGUGCAAUGGUUGUACUAUUAUUUCCACUGGCAUUCAUCGUUUUCUCCUAUUGUUCCAUACUAAUAGCAGUGAGUAAGAUAGCAGAUCUGCAAAACUGCUUCAAAUCUCUGUCCACAUGUACUACUCAGCUCAUAAUAAUAUCACUCUAUUAUUUACCUAGGUGUUUUGUUUAUUUAGCCAGCAAUGUCGGCAUCAGAUUCAGUGCUGAUGUGCGAAUUGUGAUCAUCAUGUUUUACAGUCUUGGUCCCCCCAUGAUCAAUCCAUUCAUAUACUGCCUAAGAACUAAAGAGAUGAGGGAGUGCUUAGAGCGUCCGAUGUCACGCCGCACAUUGGCCUCAGACCUGAAUGCAGUGUUCCUCUCCCUGAGCAGGAACUGCACCUCUUUGGUCAUCCUGGGCUUUCUGUUUGGAUAA